AACUAACUAUACAUUAGUUAGAUUUUAGUUUCAGCUAAAUCAAGUUAUCUAUAUUUAUAAUUAUUAUUAUUUAUAAUUUUAAAAUUAUUAAAUAUUUAAUAAUUUCUAUAGAAUUAUGACUAAACUAAACAUUAUAUGUCUAACAACUAUACUAACAUUGUUUGUAAUAACAACAACAAUCAAUGCGGACGCCAAUGACAAUCAGGAGGAGCUAGAGUUGGCCAAAAAAUUUAAACAAGUAAUCAAAUUGUUGGCUCAUGUACUAAACGAUGAUCAACAACAACAACAACAACCACAACAACAACCUCAAGCUGGAAGUGGUCGAGGAGUUGUCCAAAAAGAUAAAAAACUAAAAAAUGUUUUUGCCGGUGCGGCUGGGGGAGGUAUGAUUGGCGCACGUAUUGGCCAACAAGUGGGAAAUGAUUUCGGCAGAAGUGUUGGCAACUUUCUAGGACCGGAAGUAGGAAAUUUGAUCAGCGGAGUUACUGGCGCUAUUACCACUACGGGUGGCGCUCUUAUAGGCAGUGGUAUUGGUGGCCUAGGCGGUGCAGCUAAUAUGGGUGCUAACUUGCUUGGUGGUUUUGGUGGUUUUGGCGGUUUAGGUGGUGGUGGUGGUGGUGGMAAUGGAAACAAUGGUAACAACAAUUGGAAUGGUAAUGGUCAAAAUAACAAUGGAAAUAAUUGGAAUAAUAAUGGCGGCAAUAACAAUGGUCAAAAUAACAAUGGUCAAAAUAACAAUGGCCAGAAUAACAAUGGCAACAAUUGGAAUGGUAAUGGCCAGAAUAACAAUGGUCAAAAUAAUAAUGGCAAUAAUUGGAAUAAUAAUGGCCCUAAUAACAAUGGCCCCAACAACAACAAUGGCCAGAAUAACAAUGGCGGCAAUUCAAAUUUCAAUGGCUAAAAACUAAAUUUUCAUAUAUAUUUUUAUAAUUUAAAAAGAUAACAUAAAUAAAUAUAA